GCCGUACAUACAGAGAGUCUAGGUUUGAGAAAGGAUAGGCUACUUCUUAUUCGGAUGUCGGAAGUAGUUUCCUGAGGCACGUCAUUUGGUCAGGUCGUGAGGUCACCACGCUAAUGCGCUCUGCCUGCAAAUUCAUAAUUUGCACGAUCAUCCAGCCGAUACGAGUGCACACAAAGGCGCAUAAAGGGUCAGCGCUAACCGGAAACUACAUAACUACCCGAAAUAAAAUGUUUCCCAGUUUGUACAAUAAAUAAAUCCAGAUGAAGUGACCCAAUUGUUUUGACCUCUCCAAUUAAAAAGUGUAAGGUAAAUGAUGGUUCGGCAGGCAGGGCGGGCGUGACGUGACGCGCGGGGACAGGCGGCGCUCCGGAAGCGUUCGGGACCGCGCACGCCGGCCGGUAGCGGAGUCCCGCGCUCCCUGGACCGGCGAUAUCGUUAUUGCGGCCGAGCGCGCCAAUUGAAACGCGUGUCCGUUGCGCCCAAUCGGGACGUGCCCUCUUCGACUUAUUUCGGACUCCGAAUUUUGUAAUGUGUCAUGAAAUAAUAAAUAUUUGUUCAUGAAGUAUUUGUGUAAAAAUGAAUAGAUUUAUAUAUUUUACGGUGAUCGUUUUAGUAAUAAAAUGUACAUGUGCACAAGAAAUCUAUGAAAAAGUUGAGGCUGUGGCGGGGCAGAGUGUCGAGCUACCAUGCGACGUGUCUGCGGAGAAGCCUGACGAUAAGCUCAAUAUACUGGCUUGGUACAAAAAUGGUUCCACUACCGCAUUCUACAGUCGUGACCUGCGCGGUGGAGAUCAGAGUACGACAUCGUCAGGCGGGCGCUACCGGCUGGUGACGGGCGACACCGAGGGACAGGACAAGCUGCAGAUAGUCACCGUCAGACCCUCUGACGCGGGCGUCUAUACUUGUCUCGCAGACUUCGCAGCCAGCCCUGCGCACAAAACGCACGUCCAUCUUGCCGUUAUCGAGCCACCGCGCCAUCUUUGGGUGGUGCAUGAGAACGGCACUCAAGUGGCGAAGGCGAGCGCUGGCGUCAACACGAGUCAGAACGUGGGACCUUACUACGUGGGGAACACCGUCCAACUAGCCUGCGUCGCUUAUGGAGGUAAACCGCUAGCGUCGCUAUCAUGGUGGACAGAGAAACGUUUUCUGAAGAACAAUAUAACUCCGCUAUCGGAACACCGCGUGCGCGGCGACCUGAUAUACGGGCCCCUACAGCGAGAAGACCACGGCCGAGUCUUCACUUGUUUAGCCAAGAAUAAUGAGAAGACCCCGCCGCUGACUAUAGAUAUAACGAUAGACAUGUACUUACCCCCUGACCUGGUGUCAGUUCGAAGCGAGGCUCCGGACGCAGAUGGUGCGAUAGGGCGAGUGCGCGCGGGUGAAGCCCUAUCGUUGCAGUGCCGCGUGCUGGGCGCUCGCCCCCUGCCGCCCAUUAUAUGGAGGCUUUCCAACAACCAGCUACUUAACUUAGAGCAGAAAAUUACUAUUGAGCCGUCCCAGCGGCUGGUCACCAGCGAGAUCCAGCUGACGAUAGACCGGAAAUACGAUGAGUCGGAGAUCACGUGCUGUGCGCCUACGCAUCGCCCCGGCGCUGAUCAGUUUGUGUGUGCGCAACCACUACCCCUCACUGUGUUAUAUCCACCAAUAUUAGAAAUCGCUACAGAAGGGCAUGAAAUUAACAAUAACACCAUAGCUGUCGUUAAGGGUUCCAAUUUGACACUAGCCUGCAACUACCAAGCCAAUCCUGCUAUUUAUGAGCUGUUCUUUUUCCACAAGGAAGACAUGAUAAUGAACGCUGAAAAGGAUGCAAAGGACACGAUUCAGCCGGUUUUGGAACUGAAGAAUAUAUCAGAAAGCGACGGGGGCGAGUACGCGUGCGUCGCCAAUAAUAACGAAGGCUCAACGUACAGUGAUCCUAUUAAUGUCGACGUCACUUAUCCCGCUUACUGCGCCGACGAAACUUUAGCUGAAUACGGUGUAGGCGAGAACGAAGGCAUCAACAUAACCUGUAACGUGAACGCUAACCCUGCGCCUACCUCGUACCGCUGGGUGCUGGUCAACGAGGCAGUUAAUGUGAGCUCGCUGAAAAACCACCCGCAUGAUACGAUUGAGACGGAAGAGAAUACGCUGCUGUAUCAACGGCCUAAUGGGACUGCUUUCAGUACAAUAUUCUGCUGGGGUCAAAACGAUGUGCCCACCAAAGGGCUGGACCACAGUCCGUGCACCUUCCUCGUGACUGACGAGACUAUACCGCGCCCCCCUACAAACUGCGAAGCUAAGAAGAACACAGAGAACGAAAUUGUAGUCACCUGCGAGAAGGGCCACGAUGGGGGAUUACCUCAGAAAUUCAAAUUCAUCGUAGAAGCAUUAGAUACGGAAGAGCAGCUGGUAUCAAUAAUAGCUUUGGAGCCGACAUUUAUGAUUCAAGAGCCGAGCCACGAGACCUACAAGUUUAAUAUCAUCGCUUUCAACGAUAAAGGGGACAGCCAAGUCGUUGUGAUUGACAAGGACAGUAUAAUCAGUGAAGAAAUAAUUCCAUCAGUGACGUCGAGCAGCGUGAAGAACAUCACGAGUUUGGCGCUGGCGCUGUGCGGCGGGGUGGCGCUGGUGGCGCUGGCGGCGUGCGGCCUCGUGCUGUGCACCUACGAGCGCAGCUCCCGCCUCGACCUGCCGCACGGCAUGUCCGACCCGCCGCUCUGCGCUUACAAUACUGAAGAAUCAAACUGCGAGACAUACCACGACAGCGACGAAGGCAGCGAGUGCAACGUUCGACGGACGGACUCCUUCCGUCGGGCUGUAUCACGUCACCCUUCGAAGAACUUCGACGUGCGACGGACGAGCUCGUUCCACUCCGCGCGAUACAUGCACGACAUGGCCGAACAAGAUGCCGUCAAGUGCGAUGUGCCCAGACAUAAUACCUGCAGGGUGCACUCACUGCAAAAUAUCAGCAGGAAGAGGGAAAUGGACGCUCUGUGCGAUCAUCUAGUUUUGCAUCUACCGCCUGAAACUAAUUAUAACGUGCCUAGACCGAUGAACACAUUCUACACGAUGCCUAGAAAAAUGCGGCACAAACUUGCAAAGGAACUGAGUGACGAGACUUCGGAAAUUACGCAAACGUCCGACGGAUUCUCCCUGCCGCCUCCUCCGGACGAAUUCGGUACUUACCGCGCAGGAACCAAAAUAAAAGAUAUGCCCACUAAGUCAGCACCUACUUACACUACAGUCAUAAGGAAGAACUCCGUAGGAAGAGAUCCUACUAAGCAUCAGUACAAUAAUACAGUUACGUCUCCAAUGAAUACAGUGGGUUUGCCCACGAUCAGCGGAGCGCAGCACAGCGGAGUGUACUCUUACCCGGACGACGAACAUCAUACAGGCCAUCAGGACACGCUGAGUACUACUGGCGGUUUCCAAACUUAUUUCACCCCUAGGGAAUCUGGAUUGUAAAUAUUAAAUAGAAUAUUUUGAUUUAAUUUACGCCCGAUAUACUUAUUAGAUCUCAUUAAGCAUUUCACGUACCACCACGAGGUACAAAAUCAAACUCAGAAUCGUUCUCAAAUUAUCAUCGUUUAUUUACAAAAAUAGAAACCAUUUUCAUAGUGCCUUUCGAUGCAUAAUCACUUAUAUUUUUAUAAUUAUGCACAUGAUUCAACAUAUUUGUACAUUUGACAUAAUUUGAUGAGGAGAAUGUUUGAUGUCACUGCCAUUGCAAAGAUUAUGUUAACAGACAAUAGUUUAUUAUAUUAGCAAAUUAUAUAAUUAAUUAUAAUUACUGUAUGACUUUUUGUAUGUUUAGUAAAUUAUGGAAAUAUAAAAUUUUAUGUCAGUCAAUCAA